GUCUAAAAAGCUAUGUAAAAAAAGGAAACGCUAAUUUUAAUUUUAUAAAGAAUGAAAAGUAAUGCUGCUAAUAAAAAACUUUAAUGAAAUAAGUUUAAUUAAUCAGCAUAAAUUAUUAAAAGCAGUUAAUAUGGCAUAAAAUGAUACUAGCUUGCGUUUUAAUUUUAAGUUUAAAAUUAAUUAGAAUUGCACCACAAGGUCUGGUUGCUGAUUACUCAAAUCAAGAAGAGACUUGCAAAAAUCUUGAAGAUGGUAGACAUUGUGUCAGAGACUGCUUCGCUUUUAUGGUUUGUAACAAUGGAUCAAAAAUUCUAAUGACAUGUCCUCCUAAUGAAUUAUAUCAUAAUGGAGUUAAGCAAUGUGUACCAAGUUAUCAAGUAACAAAAGACAAUUUUUGUUUUGAUCGUCCUGAUGGUCCGUACCGUAAUCCAUGGGACUGUGCAAAGUUUAUUCAAUGUAUUAAAGGGUGGACACAUGAAGAGCAGUGUGAAGAUGGUUUACGAUAUGAUGCUUCUUCAAACUCAUGUAAUAAUGCAACUUACUCUCGCUACUGUUACAUUUUAGGUAACUCUGCUGUCAAUAAUACUAAAAAUACUGUAAAUAGUCAUUCAAUAUCUAAAAUUCAAUUUCCUACUGUAAGCAAUAUUAAGGAGAGUAAUAAAACCAACAACUUGAUAUAUGAAAAAUAUUCAGAAGAAUCUUGUUUUGGUUUAACGGAUGGUAGACACUGUUUGCGAGAUUGCUUUGCUUUCUUGGUCUGCAUCAAUGGCAGCAAAGCAGUUGUUCAAUGCAAUAAUAGUGACAUUUAUAAUCCUUUACUGAAAAUUUGUGAUAAACCAUCAAACACAAAUAAAGGAAAUUUUUGUCUAUAUCGCCCAAAUGGUCUUUACAGAAAUCCUUGGGACUGCCAUAGUUUUAUUAAAUGCUUGAAGGGAAUAACAGAAAUAGAAAUUUGUCCAGCUGGAUUAACUUAUAUAGCUGAGCACAAUACUUGUGAGAAUGACACAUUUGUUCAACAUUGUCAUGUCAUAGUUUCAGAUAAUGCAGUUCUUUCUACAACUUCUGUACCUAUUAUAAGAACUACACAGUUACCUAUUACUACUACAUCAACUGCAAUACCAUCAACUACAACAACAGCUGCUACAUCAACAACAACAAUAGCUACUACAUUGACUACCACAACAACCACUCCAACUACAACAACAACCACCUCAACUACAACAAAAACCACCCCAAUUACAACAACAACCACCCCAUCUACAACAACAACCACCCCAACUACAAAAACAACCACCCCAACAACCACCACCACAACAACUACAACAACAACAACAAUAACAACAACACCUGUAGUAGAUUAUGUAGACUUAAUUACUCCAGAAGAGUUACUGAUAAAACUUCAGAGUAGUGAAAUUCCAUUGAUUGAUGUCCGCGAACCUUGGGAGAUUAAAUUAGAAGGUAGAAUUGCGCACUCUGUAAAUAUACCAGUUAGUCAGAUUGAUAAAGCAUUAAAACUAUCCCCUGAAGAAUUUCGUUUUGCAUAUCAUUAUGAAAAACCGCUCCAAAAUGACUGUCGUAUUGUAUUCCACUGCAAAUCUGGUGUACGCAGUGCACACGCUCUUAGUAUAGCAAAACAAAAUGGAUACAAAUGUGCAAAAAGUCUAAAAGGUGGUUUCACUGCUUGGAAAGCUUUAUACCCUUGAUUUCUUUUAUAAAUCUAAGCUUUAUUUUUAAAUUAGUAUAGUAGUUUCUUAUUUUUACUAAAUUAUUUAUAAAAUGUAUGGUAUAAAUAAUAUUUAUAAGCCAAAUAUGCAAUAUCAUUAAUUAUAAUGAGAAUUAUGUGUUUUUCGUUGUUGUUUUUGUGCAGUUUUGUCAGGUUAUUGUAGUAACUUGUUUAACAUUGCAUUUAAAAUUUCCGUUAGAAAAUAAUUUAUGAAAAGUUAUGGCCUUUGUUAGUCAAACUUUUCUUUGUACAUGUUUAUUAUAACAACAUGGGAAUUAGUUAUUGUCAUUUAACAAGAAUUAUAUGCUGAAUUGCUUUUUUUUGGAAGGUUGUGGUUUUUUUUGUAAAUGUAAAUGCUAAAUUAUUUAUAGGUUUUCAGGUUUUUUUUGGUUAUUUGGUAACUUUUUAGAAUUUGUAUAAAAUGUUUUUAUAAUAUGGUCAUUAAAAAGGUUUACUGAAAUGUCAUAAAAUUUAUCAUUUCACCUAAAGUUUGUCAUUGUUUAGUUCUUUUUUUCUUUUUUUCAUCAAUUAACUCUCUGCAUUAUACCAUUAACCUUCUCCAUUAUAGUAUUUAUAUUCUCUAUUAUAGUAUUUAUAUUCUCCAUUAUAGUAUUAGUUUUCUGAUAUUAAUACUCUUAAAAAACAAACUAUUUAUAGGUAAUAUUUAUCAACAUUAAUAUUAAUUUUAUGAUUAGUAGUUAACAAUUAAUAAAAUUAAUUUUUUAAUUUAAAAAUAACAAACUAAUAGUAUUUUAAUACUCAUGGUCACGAUCAAUCUUGUGUGGUUAUCAUGUAUCAUGCAUCUUUUUUGGUUUUUGUAUGUUUAUGUGUAUCUCACAUCGUUAUUGAUGGUUUUGUGAUGUGUGUUUGCAUCCUGCAUCAUUAUUGAUGUUUUUGUUUUUUUUGUUUGUACUCUGCAUCGUUAUUGGUGUUUUGUUGUGUUUGUUUCUUCAAAUAUUUGAAAAGUGUUUUGUCCUUUUUGUUCAAUAUUGUUCAAUUUAAAUGGUCUUAUGUGCUUGCCUUUGUUUCUUUUUUCAUAAUGUGAUUCGUGAUGAAUUCUUUAUUUUUUGAUAAUGUGUUAAAAGUAUUCUAUAAUUGUGUUUGUUUUUGAUUGUUAAUUUUGCAUUGCUGUUGUUUUUAAUUCUUAUGUUUUAAUGUUGCAUUGUUGUUGUUUUUAAUGUACUCUUCAUGUUACAUUGUUACUCUUCACGUUACAUUGUUUUUUUUUCAUUACAUUGUUACUCAUCAUGUUACAUUGUUAUGGUUUUUAAUGUUAAAUUGUUGUUACUCUUAAUGUUAAAUUGUUGUGGUUUUUAAUGUUAAAUUGUUGUUAGUUUUAAUGUUGCAAUGUUUGUUUUAAUGUUGGACUGUUUUUUAUUUAAUUUUGCAUUGUUAUUUGUUUUAAUGUUGCAUUGUUGUGCUUUAUGAUGUUGAGUUCUCAUUAGUUUUAAUGCUGCAUUGUUUGUUUUGAUAUUCUGUUAUUGUUAAGUUUAAUGUUAUAAUGUUGUGCUUUUUGAUGUUGAAUUGUUGUUAAUUUUAAUGUUGCAUUAUUAGUUUUAAUGUUGAAUUGUUGCUAUUUUUGCAUUGUUGUUAGUCUUAAUGUUACAUUGUUGUGGUUUUUGAUGUUGAAUUGUUGUUAACUUUAAUGCUGCAUUGUUAAUUUUAAUACUGAAUUGUUGCUGUUUAAUUUUGCAUAUUAUUACUCUUAAUGUUACAUUGUUGUAGUUUAUGCUGCUGAGUUGUUGUAAGUUUUAUUGUUGUGCUGUUAUUUUUAAUAUUGUACUGUUAUUUUUAAUGUUACAUUGUUAGUUUUAAUAAUGCAUUGUUAGUUUUAAUCUUGUGUUGUGGUUUUUGCAUUGUUGUUAGUCUUAAUGUUGCCGUUGUUGUGGUUUUUGAUGAUAAAUUUUUAUUAGUUUUUAAAGCUGCAUUGUUAGUUUUAAUAUUGUAUUGUUGGACUUAAUGUUGUAUUGUUGUUAUUUUUGAUGAUGAAUUGUUGUUAGUCUUAAUAUGUUAAUCAUUGUCAUGGUUUAUAGUGUUGAUUUCUUGUGAGUUUUAAUUUUGCAUUGUCAGUUUUAAUGUUGUACAACAAUGUGACAAUGUUUGUUUUAAUGUUGCAUCCUUAUAAUUUUUUAUGUUCGUAUUUGUUAGUAUCUGUACUGGUUUGUUUUUAUUUUUAAUGUUAUGUAACUUUUUGUUACAUUGUGUUGACGUUGUAAUGUUGUGUAUUGAGAUAUUGAAGUAAAUGUCUUUUAUUUAGAUUUUGUGUUUUUAGUGUUUUUAUUUUUGGUGAUUACUAUCUACUGUUUAUUAAUAAAUUGUUGUAACUGUUGUUGAUUGUGGCGUUGUUGUAAAUAUACUUUUUUGAGAUGUUGCUGAAAAUAUUGUUUAUUAAAAUGCAGUUUUAAAUGUUACUUAUUGAGAUUUAGUUGUUCUUUAUUGUUAAGCUGUUCUCAAUGAUAUUACUUAAAUUGUUGUUGUAGUUAUCUUUUAAUGAGAUGUAAAUAUUGUUUGGUAAAAUGUUGUUACAAUUGUUGUUUAUUGAGUUGUAGUUGUUGUUAUUGUUGUUACUUGAGAUAUUGAUGUAGCUGUUGUUCCUUGAAAUAUUAUUGUAACUGUUGUUCCUUGAAGUAUUGUUGUAACUGUUGUUCCUUGAAGUAUUGUUGUAACUAUUGUUCCUUGAAGUAUUGUUGUAACUGUUGUUCCUUAAGAUAUUGAUGUAGCUGUUGUUCCUUGAAAUAUUGUUUUUACUGUUGUUCCUUGAGAUAUUGUUGUAACUAUUGUUUAUUAUUAAGUUGUUCUAAAAGUUGUUCAUUUAAUUAUUGUAACUAUUUUAAUUAAAAUGUUGUUGUACAUAUUGUUAAAGAUAUUGAUGUUGCUGUUUGUUAAAGUGUUGAUGUAAUUGUUGUUUAUUGGAAUGUUAUCGUAACUGUUGUUUAUUGAUACUUAUGUUGUAAGUUUUGUUUAUUAUGUUUUUGUAACUACUGUUUGUUGAAGUUUUGGAAUUGUUGUUCAUCAAGAUAUUAUUGUAACUGUUGUUUAUUGAGAUAAUUUUAUAACUGUUUUUUUUUAAUGAAGCUGUUCUAAUUUUUGUUUAUUAGAUUUUUGUUGUAAAUGUUUUAAUUGAGAUGUUGCUGUAUAUAUUGUUUAUUGAUAUGUUGCUAAAAAUUGUUGAUCAUAAUAAUGUUGUUAUAACUGUUGUUCAUUAGAUAUUUUUGUAGCUGUUGCUCAUUGAUAUGUUGUUGUAACUUUAGUUCAUAAAAGUAUGUUUUUGUAUCUGUUGUUCAUUAAAAACUUGUGUUUGUUGCUUAUUAAGGUGUUGUUGUCACUGUUUUUCAUUCAGACAUUGUAAUUUUGUUUAUUAAUGUGUUAUUUGAUCUCCUGUUAAAUGUGGUGUUUUUGUAACAGCUUUUCAUCAAGAUUUUGUUGUAACUGUUGUAUAUUAAGAUGUUGUCAUAACUGUUGUCCAUAAAGUUGUUAAUGUAACUGUUGUUCAAUGAGAUGUUUUUGCAAUUGUUAAUCAACGAAAUAUUUUUGUAAUUAUUGUUAGUUAAAGUGUUGUUAUAAUUGUUAUUUAUUAAGAUGCUGUUGUAGCUUUUGUUUAUCAACACAUUGAUAUUGAUGGUUUUUUAAGCUGUUCUUGUUUAUUAUAUUGUUCUUACUGUUUUUGAUUAGCUUGUAGUAACAGAUAUGCUGUUGUAACUGUUUAUAAGGUGGUUUUUGCAUCUGUUGUUUAUCGAGACUGUGUUGCAAAUGUUGUUGCUAGUUUUUUGUUAACUUGUUAAUUUUAAAAUGUUGUUGUAUGUAGAGUCAUGAUAUUGUAGUCAUGAUGUUGUUGUAGGUAUAGUAAUGGUAUUGUUGUAAGUGUAGCCAUCAUUGUUGAAUGUUUUGUCAUGAUACUGUUGUAUGUGCAGUCAUGAUGUUGCUGUAUAUGUAGUCAUGAUAUUGUUGUAUACAUAGUCAUGAUGUUUUUGUAUAUGCAGUCAUGAUGUUGUUGUAUGUGUAGUUAUGAUGUUGUUGUAUGUGUAGUCAUGAUGUUGUAUGUGUAGUUAUGAUGUUGUAUAUGUAAUCAUGAUAUUGUUGUACGUAUAAUCAUAAUAUUGUUAUAUGUGUAGUUAUGAUAAUGUUGGAUGUUUAGUCAUGAUAUUGUUGUAUACAUAGUCAUGAUGUUGUUGAAUGUCUAGUAUUGAUGUUGUUGUAUGUGUAGUCAUAAUAUUGUUGUAUGUGUAGUCAUGAUGUUAUAUGUGUUAUCAUCAUUUUGUUGUAUGUAUAGUCAUGAUAAAGUUGUAUGUGUAGUCAUGAUGAUGUUGUAUGUGUAAUCAUGAUGUUGUUGUAUGUGUAGUCAUGAUAUUCUUGUAUGUGAAGUUAUGAUGUUGUUGUAUGUGUAGUCAUAUGAUGUUGUAUGUGUAGUCAUUAUAUUGUUGUAUAUGUCAUGAUAUUGUUGAAUUUUUAAUCAUGAUGUUGUUGUAUGUGUAGUCAUGAUGUUGUUGUAUGUGUAGUCAUGAUGUUGUUGUAUGUGUAGUCAUGAUGCUGUUUGUGUAGUUAUGAUGUUGUUGUAUGUGUAGUCAUGAUAUUGUUGUAUGCGAAGUCAUAAUAUUGUUGUAUGUGUAGUCAUGAUGAUGUUGUAUGUGUAGUCAUAAUAUUGUUGUAUAUGUCAUGAUAUUGUUGAAUGUGUAAUCAUGAUGUUGUUGUACAUGUAGUCAUGAUGUUGUUGUAUGUGUAGUCAUGAUGUUGUUGUAUGUGUAGUCAUGAUGUUGUAUGUGUAGUCAUGAUGAUGUUGUAUGUGUAGUUAUGAUGUUGUAUGUGUUAUGAUAUUGUUGUAUGUGAAGUCAUGAUAAUGUUGUAUGUGUAGUCAUGAUAUUGUUGUAUGUGCAGUCAUGAUAAAGUUGUAUGUGUAGCCAUGAUGUUGUUUUAUGUAUAGUGAUGAUGUUGUUGUAUGUGUAGUCAUGAUGAUGUUGUAUGUGUAGUCUUAAUAUUGUUGUAUAUGUCAUGAUAUUGUUAAAUGUGUAGUCAUGAUGUUGUUGUAUGUGUAGUCAUGAUAUUGUUGUAUAUGUAGUCAUGAUGUUGUAUGUGUUGUCAUGAUAUUGUUGUAUAUGUAGUCAUGAUGAUGUUGUAUGUGUAGUUAUGAUGUUGUUGAAUGUGUAGUCAUGAUGUUGUAUGUAUAGUUAUGAUGUUGUAUGUGUCAUGAUAUUGUUGUACGUGAAGUCAUAAUAUUUUUAUAUGUGUAGUCAUGAUAAGGUUGUAUGUGUAGUCAUGAUAUUGUUGUAUGUGUAGUCAUGAUGAUGUUGUAUGUGUAGUCAUGAUGUUGUGUUUGUAGUCAUGAUGUUGUUGUAUGUGUAGUCAUAAUAUUGUUGUAUGUGUAGUCAUGAUGUUGUUGUAUGUGUAGUCAUAAUAUUGUUGUAUGUGUAGUCAUGAUGUUGUUGUAUGUGUAGUCAUAAUAUUGUUGUAUGUGUAGUCAUGAUGUUGUUGUAUGUGUAGUCAUAAUGAUGUUGUAUGUGUAGUCAUGAUGUUGUUGUAUGUGUAGUCAGGAUGUUGUUGUAUGUGUAGUCAUGAUGUUGUUGUAUGUGUAGUCAUAAUAUUGUUUUAUAUAUAGUCAUGAUUUUAUUGUAUGUGUAGUCAGGAUGUUGUUGUAUGUGUAGUCAUAAUAUUGUUUUAUAUUUAGUCAUGAUGUUAUUGUAUGUGUAGUCAGGAUGUUGUUGUAUGUGUAGUCAUGAUGUUGUAUGUGUAGUCAUGGUGUUGUUGUGUGUGUAGUCAUGAUAUUUUACCUGUUAUAGUUGUUUAAUAUUUUUAACUGUUUUUUAUUUUUAUGUUUUUAAUGCAAUUUAUUUAAAUCACUGAUAUUGAUAUAAGUUUCUUAAUAUUUAUUUAGUUGUAAUGUAGUUAUUUUUAUGUUGUUUUUUUUACUAUUGUUGAUUGCUCUUGUGAUGCUGUCUUAUUGUAGUUUUAUGUUGUUUUUUUUACUUAAUGUUAUACUUGUUGUCAAUUAACAUACUGUUAUAAUUACGUAUUGGUCUUUUGUUUGAACUGCUGUUGAAUCUUUGUCAAUUAUUUAGUAACUGUUUUUUUUUUCCUUUUAUCAUUAUAGUUUGGAAGAUAUCGUUUGAUGUAAUAUUUUAGUAGCUGUUAACGUAUAAAUUAUAUUAUGACGUAUAAAAUAACAAAACAGUUGCAGGUUUUGUAAGAUGGAAUGGGAAAUUUAAUUAUUGUAAUGUGAUGUUGUGAAAUGAUUGUAGAUAUUAUCUCUUCUAGGUGUAGUAUUAUCAACAUUGUCAACAAUUCAAAUUGUCGAGAACGUUGACACGUGGAUAAUUUUUCAGCUUUUGUUGUUAUAGUUGUUAGAUUUUGUUUUAACUACAAGUAAUGUUUACUCUAUUAGACUUAUAAUAACGUUGUUAUCGUUCUUACAUUACUUGUAUUACAUUACAUUUACUUGUAUUGUUUAUAUUUAGUUUAUGUUAACAAUUUUAUUUUACUUUUUGUUUAUAUUGUAAUGUUGCUAUGAGUUGCCAUUUAUAUGUUUGUACUUUUUUAUUAUAUUGUGAUUUUAAUAAUUUUUUUUAUGAUUUAAUGUGUUCUAUAUUUUAAUUACUUUUCAUUUGUAUUUGUUGUAAUUUAUAGUAAUAGUUUGUUUUUUAUUAUAUCAUAAUAUGCUUCUAUAUAAUAAUUUUGCAUUUAUAUAGUUUUAUUCGUUGUUAUUCCAAAAAAUCGCAAUAAGUAUGUAUGUUUAUAAAUAAGAUUAUAGUGGAUAAAUUUUAGUAAUACUUUUAGAUGAAUAAAAAGUUUGGCUAACUGAGGCUAUUCAUUAUUUCAUUAAAUUAAACAAUAAAUAGUGAAUUGAAUGCAAUGUUUUACUAUACUAUGUUGUAAAUGUUGUUUGCGUGCGCGUGCGUGCGUUCGUGUAUGUGACUGUACUUGUGGGUGUGUAUAGGUAUAGAAAAAUCUAAUUUCGUAUAUUGUGCUAAUAUUUUGGAAGAUUUUUUAUACUUACAUUUGUAUUACAGAUUUGUAUUUUUUAUUAAGAGUUUAUUUUCAAAUAGAAAUGUUUCCGAAAGAAAUAAUUUCUUUGUUAA